AUGGUCAACAUUUCGUCGCCUACCUCCAUUGACCAAGAGGACCAAACAGAACCACAAGCACUCACUCCGGCUCAAACGACAUCCACAGACCAAGAAAAAGCAACACCAAUAAGAUUGACAUCUUCUGAUCCUGGACAGUGGCCUGAUGUUCUUAAUGAUGCAGGAGAGAGAGAAGGUGCCCAUGAGCAAACCUCCACGACAGCCCCCAGAGGUCAAACCCAAACCCCAAAAGAGUCCAGCUGUUCCUGGGAACACGAGCUCCAGAAACUCUCCCAUCACCGCCACUGCUGCAGCCGCAUCAGCCUGCACCAAGGACCAGAGUGUUCCACAGGCCUCAGACUCUCUGAGGACGUCACCUGCUGA